CAUGGCGAUGUCCAUAGGACAGCCGCAGUGAAGGACCAAGGCAAGCCGCUCCCGUCUCUCGACAUCUGGCUGAGGAGUUCUCGGUUUCAGUUUCAUGUCGGUUGGAUUGACGUGGGAGCAUGGCACUAAGAAAGGUCAAAGGGAACCUCGAACGCCUGUUCGACAAAAAUUUGACGGACUUGGUCCGGGGGAUCCGAAACAACAAAGACAGAGAGGCGAAAUAUAUUGCUCAAUGCAUUGAGGAGAUCAAACAAGAACUUCGUCAAGAGAAUAUCUCAGUGAAGGCCAAUGCAGUCGCUAAGUUGACAUACCUUCAAAUGCUUGGAUAUGAUAUCAGCUGGGCUGCUUUCAACAUCAUUGAGGUGAUGAGUUCCUCAAAAUUUACAUACAAGAGGAUUGGAUACCUUGCUGCCUCACAGUGCUUCAAUGACAGCACUGAGGUAUUGAUGCUGACAACCAACAUGAUGAGAAAGGACCUGAAUAGUGUGAAUCAGUAUGAGGCAGGGAUAGCACUUGGCAGCCUGGCAUGCUUCAUCAGCCCUGAUCUGGCCAGGGAUUUGGCCAAUGAUGUUAUGAUCUUGCUGACCUCAACAAAGCCGUACCUGAGGAAGCGAGCCGUGCUGCUCCUGUAUAAAGUCUUCCUCAAGUUUCCUGAUGCACUGAGGCCAGCCUUUCCACGUCUGAAGGAAAAAUUGGAAGAUCCUGAUCCAGGAGUCCAGUCAGCUGCUGUCAAUGUGGUUUGUGAGCUGGCCCGAAAGAACCCCAAAAAUUAUCUUUCAUUAGCCCCAAUGUUUUUCAAGCUCAUGACAUCCUCAACCAAUAAUUGGAUGCUCAUCAAAAUCAUCAAACUGUUUGGUGCAUUGACUCCUCUGGAGAAGAGAUUAGGAAAAAAGCUAAUGGAGCCUUUGACCAAUUUGAUCCACAGGUAUGGCAUACUGGUGAACAUAUGGGUAUGA